UCACGUGUAUUUCUUUAUUGGUCAUACUUCAUUUGUUUCAACAUUGGUUGCUUCGGUUACACUUAUAAGCACUGCUUUCUACUUGGGUUUAUGUUAUUUUUCUACUACUUCUUUUGAACCAUUUUCUGGUUUCAAUUAAUUUAGUUAUAUAUAUCUUCUUUGCAUUUUAAGGAGGUCUUGUGUUCAUUUAAAAACAUCUUGGUUUUCUUAUAUGGAAGAUACAAUCAGAAAAUUUUAGAUAUAAUGAGUAUUACUAAGAGAAAACCAAAUGAAAGUAUGAGCUUUAUUGUGAUAUUUUUCUUUGGAGGAUUUUUAGGCUUAAUUAUAGGAAUAUCACUCCCAACAUUAUCAACAACAAAGUUGAAUCUUCCAUCUAGCUUGCUUCCUUCCAUUGAUCUGUCUUGCAUUCGAGGUCACGAUGCGUGGUCUUUUAUGAAGAAUGAUGAUAGCACCUCAUCACAAGAUCAGCUACUGAAUAAUCCAGCAAAGAUUUGGGUUCCAACAAAUCCUAAAGGUGCAGAAAGCUUACCUCCUGGAAUUGUUAACGCUCAUUCAGAUUUCUUCUUGCGCAGAUUGUGGGGUCUUCCCAGUGAGGAUUUAACAUCUAAGCCAAAGUACCUUGUGACUUUCACUGUUGGGUAUCAGCAGAAAAAGAAUAUUGAUGAAGCUGUGAAAAAGUUUUCAAAGGACUUCACAAUCCUUCUAUUUCAUUAUGAUGGCCGAACAACCGAAUGGGAUGAGUUUGAGUGGUCUAAACAGGCUAUUCAUGUGAGUGUUCACAAACAAACCAAGUGGUGGUAUGCCAAGAGGUUUCUGCAUCCAGAUAUUGUGGCAUCAUAUGAGUAUAUUUUCAUGUGGGAUGAAGACUUGGGGGUUGAGAAUUUUAAUGCAGAAGAAUACGUAAAACUAGUAAAGAAGCAUGGCUUGGAGAUUUCACAGCCUGCUUUAGAACCUAAUAAAGGGCUGUGUUGGAAUAUGACAAAGAGAAGAAAUGAUAGUGAAGUUCACAAACAAGCACAAGAGAAACCAGGGAAGUGUAAAUACCCUCUUCUUCCUCCUUGUGCAGCAUUUGUUGAGAUUAUGGCUCCUGUGUUUUCGCGUGACGCGUGGCGCUGUGUGUGGCAUAUGAUUCAGAAUGAAUUUGUCCAUGGAUGGGGUCUUGAUUUUGCUUUUAGAAAAUGUGUUGAGCCUGCCCAUGAAAAAAUUGGAGUUGUUGAUGCUCAAUGGAUUGUUCACCAAGGUAUUCCAUCACUAGGAGAUCAGGGAGAAGCACAAACUGGGAAGACGGCAUGGCGCGCAGUUAAGGAGAGGUGUGGCAUGGAGUGGAGAAUGUUCCAAGGUAGAUUGACAAAUGCAGAGAAGGGGUAUUACAAGUCUAAGGGAAUUGAUUUUUCUAAUUUGCUUCUUCAUAAUUAAGGCACUAAUGCCGAAAUUCUUUGACUUGGAUCCUCUACAGUCAAACUACACAGAUCCAUUUUGAAAUUUUUUACACGGUUUGUGACAAUAAUUACUUUCAAUGAUAGCUUAGAUUCCUAGACAGAAGAUUAUAUAUAUGAACAUUCAACAAUGUGAAGAGAAAUCAUGUAAUUACAUUGUAAUUCAUAGUGAAUAAAUAUACCUCCUAUUAAUUCAAGUCCAAAACAGAGGAAACCAACAGAAUCUUUCAGAAAAUUUGAUAAGUUGAGUCAUUAUUUUAUUUGUCU